AUGCCAAAUGAAAUUAACCAAAACGAGAUAACGAGGCGAGCCUCACUUACAGUAAGUGCGAGUCAGGCAGCGUCUGCAGCUUUACAGAAGCAUUCUCAAACCCCAAAUAUACCUCAAAUUAGAACCAACUCAUUAAGAAAUCAGGGCCGCACACAGUCAAUGAGAGCUUAUACAUACACACCAAGCGCAUCAUAUCAGACCGGAAAGCAGCUGUUCAGAGCGUCUAGCUUGCGAUCAAAUAUACCAAGUCAAUCCCUCCCGCUUCCCACCACAGGUCGAACUAGCUCUUUACGAGCCAACUCCUUACGAGCCAGCUCAUUGCGUGCAAAUUCACUUCUGCGCAAUUCGACACAAAAUCAUUCAAAUAACGACUUCCAACUUCGAUCAUCAAGUGAAGAUACAGAGGGCAUUUUGAGCUCGAAAACCGUCACUCAUGUUGACCAGUUUGGUGAAGUUCAAUCUGUUACAACGGAAAUUGUUCGGCAAUUACCAGAUGGGUCGAAUAUAAUUGAAAAGACAACAAAUUAUUCGCGACCUAGUUCGAGGUGCAAUUCAUCCAAGUUCACGCCAAAUUCACCUCUUGACACGGAAGGUUACAAUAUGUCAAGAAUAGAUGAGGAGUUAAAUGAUUUCGCCUAUUCAUACUUAGAUGACUCACCAAUUCCAAAUGCCAAUGUUUACGAAAAAAGUGCCCCCAAGAUCGAACAUGAAGGAAUUGGUGAAAAUUCAAACCGGAAUCGCCAAAUUCCUCUAGAACGAGUUCUUGAUUCGACUUCUGAGCACGAGCCCAUAAGAUUAAAGUCAAUCCUAAAGAAAAAUUCUCAAACCUUUUCCUCUCAGGAAGAAUUCAGCGACGCCAAAGCUGACUUAAACGGUUCCCCCUCUGAUAAACUUUCAACAUCCGACGAGAAUGGAAUAAAAUAUUCGGAAACCACAUCCAAGGUACACAGAACCCCAGUUGUGGAAACACAUGAUAACAAUAGACACUCCCUGAUUAAAUCGCUGGCGACCAGGAUUAAAUUUGCGCCCUCGAGUUCCGAUGAGGAGGACAAACACGAAGCUACAGAAUUUACAGACAGACGCAGUGGACCUCAUUCCUCGAAAGAGCAGCCUGAAUCCGAUGAUAAAAUCCUAAGGAGCAAUUACAAAUAUCGGAACCAUCACCGGGGCUUUCGAUCCCACUCUCUUCGAUCCUCAGGUCCCUCGCAAGCUGAGCUUACCAAAAAAUCUACAACCUCAACACAGAGCCCCGCAGUUACUGAGCUGCAACAGAUUGGUGUAUCAAAAAGUCAUGAUAUCGACCCGACCAUUGCACCACUACAAGAUAUAGAAGCUGGAAAACAUUUGAAAGGUCCAACACCAACAAUUGACAGUUUACCGAGCGAAACUUUGGACUUUGGUCAAAAUUCAACACACGAUCGUCGCAAAGAAGACCAACUGAAAACCUCCACAAAUGUUAUAGGAGAGAACUCCUCAUUAGCCAGGAAUGAAUCUGAAUCUCUCUCGGCUGUAGAAUUCCAUACAGGAAUUGAAGAUACUAAUACUGUUCAAAGGAAAUCAAAACAGGAAGAAAUAAAUUCACAGAAUACAGUCUCUAACCGACUUGACAAUUCGCAGACUCAAAAAAAGGAUGUGGACCGCAAAAUGGCACGAUGGAAAGCUUUCAUCAAAAAGUAUAUGAUUUCUAGUCGGUGA